UUCAGAGACUAAGUCCCAGUUGAAGAAUGAGACUUGAGUAGUGCAGCGGAAGUUGAGGCAGUUGAACCCUUGUACUAGUAUAUGAGAACAAAGACUAAGUCCCAGUUGAAGAAUGAGACUUGAGUAGUGCAGCGGAAGUUGAGGCAGUUGAACCCUUGUACUAGUAUAUGAGAACAACAAGUCGCUCUCAUCAUAGCCUUGCCACUCCCGUCUCCUACUCGUUCUGGGUCGUGUGCUGGCGGAGCUACGUAGUAGGUGUGUUGCGUUGUGUUCCCAUCGUUGGUGGUGAGAAGCGGUAGUUUUAGUUCUCUGCAGACAACCGUCUGCGUCGAUCAGACAGGUCCUCUACAUGAGCCCUUCUUUGUAGAGAACAUAUUGACUCUACCGCACCCAUCUUUUUCGGUUUUGGUUCCUGGCGUCAACCGCCGCAGUGUGGGCGUCGCUCGUGCGCGUCUGUCCAUUCCCGUUCCGGGCCUCGGCUCCGCGGCGCCAUUUUGUUACUCUGCCCACCGCAACAGCCCACCGGUGAUCCUCCACCUUCCUUGAAAUUCUCGACCCCCUGCAGAUCAUGGGCAUUACUCUACGUAUAGCUCUGGGCCGAACGACGUCGCCAAUUCACCCCAGCCGUCCCCUUGUGCAGUUGCCCGUCUGUGCAGAUUAGUGCUCUUGUACUGUUGCCUAUAGUUUAGGGCUCUGGGUUUAGGUCCUAGAUCCGAUCAAGUGCCAUGGACCGGGGUGGAUCAUCGAGCGGCGAUGAUGACACCGAUUUUCCACCAGUAACGCCAGAAGAGCUCGUGGAGGAGCGUUUCUGGGAUGCACAGUAGUACGCAGCGAAUGUCAAAGAAAUGGAUUUUGAGUUUGUUAGGGACGGCGACAAGAGAUUCGAGGAUGCGUCAGAUGAGGUAGACGAGGAAUAUGGAGAGGACGACGAGGUCUAUGGUGAGGGAGAAGACGACGGUGAGCGGGUGAACCUUGACGUGCAGGAUGAGUUCGGCGCUCGCUUGGGGCCCGACAUGGACCUAAAAAGCGACUGGGACAAAGUGAACUAUGAGAAUAUUCACCAGUAUGGGCCGCGCAUGACGAAAUGGAGGGUUCGUAAGUACUUCACGUACCUGUUCAAUGAAACAUCGCAGUAGGCUGUAAAGAUGCGCAGAUGCCAGCCCGUCAUCGCUGGGAGGCAUCCGAAAAAGUGCACGGCCAGCAUGAUGAAGGAGAAGAUGAAUGCGUUGGGCUGCCUGGGCAGAUGUGAGGCUCGACUGUUCAACUACCCCAGGGCAGAGGUUGAGGAGGGGAUCAAAGAGGGCCAAGACCAACACUGAUGAUCAAUCGACAAUUGCUACACUGCGGAGCACUACGCAAAACUCCAUCAGCAUCAUUUACUGCUCCAUAUCUUGGAACACUACAAGAAUAGUAAGGAGUAUCCGUCACCAUAUCUCUGGCGAGCACUAGGUGCGAAGGUCAUGAUCUAGUUGGCACACCAAGUCCUGGGUAGAGGUUGCAUCAUUCGGAAAAUACGCUUCGCCAACAUGUAUGUCCGCCUCUGUCAUAGUUGCAAUGACGUCGAAGGCAGGGGCGACCUUCCAAUCUUCGUUAUCACCUCUCGCCAAAUGAAGACGAACACCACCA